AUGUCGGACGAGACCGGAUGGAGAUACUAUUCCCAUCACUUUUUACCUAUAGAUUGUAAGGACCUCCGUGAUAACGGUCACAUUAAUACAGGGGUGUACAAAAUCUAUCCUUUUUGUACAAGCUCGACUCCAGUCAGAGUUUACUGUGAUAUGGACACAAUGGGCGGUGGAUGGACGGCAAUUCAAAAACGAAUAGACGGAUCUGUGAGUUUUGACCGGAUGUGGACAGAUUAUAAGAAUGGUUUUGGUGCACCGGAACAGAAUGUUUGGAUCGGGAAUGACGUAAUCCAUCAGUUAACAAAGGGAAAGAACCCGUACCUCAUUGUUUCCAUCAUCCUAGUGAAUGGUACAACACUGUAUGAGAUGUACGAUCAAUUCUAUGUUUCUGAUGAAGCAGGGAAGUAUCAACUAUUUCUGGCUGGACCUGCUACGGGAACCUUAGGUGACAGUAUGUUAAACACCGGAAAUUCUUUCGCUGAUCUGUCUGGAAUGUCAUUCAGCACUCUAGACAGGGAUAACGACACAUGUGCAUGUAACUGUGCUGAUCACUACGGAGGCGGCUGGUGGUUUAACAACUGUCAUGAAGCCUUCCUUAACGGUCAAUGGUCCCUGACAGUCUGGGAGUAUCCUUGGUAUCCUACAGUAAAGAGUGGGACAAAUGUGAAGAAGACGAUAAUGAUGAUCAAACGUCACUAG